CCAGCUCCCUCCUCCCUACUUUAAUGCUAGCUAAGAUGGUGGUUUGAGCGUAAAUUGUCUCUACAAUACUAAGAAAAGAGAGGGGCAAAACAUCUCUAUAGCCUUUUAAUCACAACAGAACAACAAAACGACGGUUAUCUUAAGUGACCGGUUAUAGAAAUUUGGACAUUUCAGACACAUUGGCUCGCAGUCCCCGCCCAAUUUGGUGUGACUCCCUUGGAGUGGAAUCCUAAGCUAAAUACGGACAGGGUAAGUAACGUUAGCCGAGUUGCUAGUUGGGCUAGCCAGCUUCCAUUCUCUUAAUAAAUAAAAGACAGUUCUGUCCGUUAAGAUUUUUCAGUCUUCCGUUGGAGUGUUCUCGGGCUUAUUAGAUCGCUGUCCAGGUAAUCUAAAUGUCGUGAGAGCAAUGUCAGUUGUUUAUAGUGCCAACAACUUGCUCCCAGUUCAGCGUUAGCUUGUGUAGGCCGCGUCGUAAGCUUGUCAUCAAAACCCCGUACAUCUGAUGAGAAUGUAGCAUGCUAGCUACGCUGAUGCUAGCGGUUAGCAUAAAAGCAAGCUGUCAGUUUAUAUGUAGGAGAAGGCGUACCGUUGUGGCAUCUAUAUCUUUAACCGUUUAAUGCUAAUACCAAGUAAAUAAUAACCUCUGUAUAUUUCGAUGUUGUGAUGUUACCUACAAAUACUCCUGAAUACGUGUUAUUAGGUAGACCGGCUUCUUUUACCAAUUCGCGGCUAAUGUUAGCUUAGCCUAACGUUGGUCAAAUAACAUCUGUCAUAAUGUAAAAUCCAGUAGGCAGAGCAGCUAAAGUUACCAGCCUGGCUAACCUUAACCAACGUCAGGUAUUUCAUACACGACUUUAUUAAUCAGCUGAUAUCUGCGAGUGAAGCAGCAGAACCACUCCUGUACGUGUUAAUCUGUCUGCAAAAUGCUGCCAAGUAUUUUAAAUGUUGGGCAUUUUUCUGGCAGCAUUAGAUUAAACUUUACACUGUCAGGUUUGAUAAAUCUGGGUUUGUCAUGAGUUCACCUGCUGGUAGCAGUGUUGUCACGCGGAAACUAAGCUGACGUCUAACUGCUACCAAGGAAAGGUUGUAAAUAAACGCAGUUUGUUGCAUUUCCCUUAUGAGGAGGUGAAUACUUUUGUCAACCCCCGAAAGAUACCACAACAUCCUCAUUAUCACUUCAACACGAUGACAGCUGUUUUACUAGAUUUCUGAGAAAUGCCAUCAGUUGUCUUUUUAUCAGACACAUUGAGCUUAAACUAAUGCAAUCACAAACUUCUGCGAUAACUCAAUCUUCCAUGGAGGUUAUAACAUUCAGUUCUUCUUGAAAUUGUUUUAGAAAGGCCUUGAUUCAACUUUAUCAUCAUAUUUAUAGGCAUUGUGCGUACAGAAAAUGUGUUUCACCACAUACACCCAGUAUGUAAUACUGUAAGUAUAUUUAAUCAUAGGCUUAAUCGCCAUUGUGUUCCCACCUUUGGCGAUAGAUAUGUAUUUAAAUAAAAGUCUUUGGGAUUGCUACUUAAAGAGAUUAAUUGAUCAUCGAUAUUUCCCUUUCUGUCGAACGCUUUUGUUUCAGCUCUGAAAUGGACUGAGAGCAGUUACCGGUAUGAAAUCUACCCUCAGUGGUUUAAAUGCAGAAGCCCAAACAUUAGAAACAUCUCCGCCUAAAGCACAGUGCAGUUCACCAGCACCAACAACUUCCACAAGGACCAUGCCGUUGAAUCAACACCUCCCUAAAAAGUUUCAUCAUUAAAGUAAAAUAUUAGGUAUUGCAGUAGACUGUAGUAGUUUAGCUAGCUGGACCUAACAGAGUGAGUGUUUCCUUUGCUGCUGGAAAUGUUUAAUGUUGUGCUCAGUCUGAUGUAGUGACCGUGGUAGUCAUAAAGUCAGUUUUCAGUUAGUAGAAAUGAGUGGUUCAGUUAAUGUCGUUUUAAAUCAUGUCAUGAUGGAGCUCUUAAACUCAACUUUUUUUUAUGUUUUCUCAGCCCUGUGCUCUGUGGCCAGCUUCAGCACUCCACCCCCCCGUCUCCACACCAUAGGAUGUCCCACAGCCCUGAAUUGAAGGACGACCCCAUGGAGUGCCCUCUGUGCAUGGAGCCGCUGGAGAUUGAUGACGUCAACUUCUUCCCCUGCACCUGUGGCUAUCAGAUCUGCCGCUUCUGUUGGCAUCGCAUCCGCACAGAUGAGAACGGCCUCUGCCCCGCCUGCAGAAAGCCGUACCCAGAGGACCCCGCGGUGUACAAGCCUCUCUCACAGGAGGAGAUCCAAAGGAUAAAGAACGAAAAGAAGCAGAAACAGAACGAGAAGAAGCAGAAGGUGACAGAAAACCGAAAGCACCUGGCCAGUGUCAGAGUAGUCCAGAGAAACCUGGUGUUCGUGGUGGGGCUCUCACAGCGACUCGCUGACCCAGAGGUCCUAAAACGACCAGAGUAUUUUGGGAGGUUUGGGAAAAUCCAUAAAGUGGUCAUCAACAAUAGCACAUCCUACGCAGGUUCACAGGGGCCCAGUGCCAGCGCUUAUGUCACUUACAUCCGCUCUGAAGAUGCUUUAAGAGCAAUACAGUGUGUGAACAAUGUAGUUGUUGAUGGCAGAACCCUCAAGGCUUCUUUAGGCACAACAAAGUACUGCAGUUACUUCCUUAAAAGUAUGCAGUGUCCCAAACCUGAUUGUAUGUAUCUACAUGAGCUGGGGGAUGAAGCAGCUAGCUUUACUAAAGAGGAAAUGCAGGCAGGGAAACAUCAAGAGUAUGAGCAGAAACUCCUCCAAGACCUCUAUAAAAUUAACCCUAGCUUUCUACAACCUCCAGCAUGUGGAACAGAGAAGUCAAAGAGUAAAUCCAACUCCACACAGAGAGCCAACAGCACCAAUGGUAAAGAUGGAUGGCCGACGCUGUCAGGACACAACAAACUGGCCAACGGGCUUUCAGAGGACCGCAAGUCUCCUCCGCUGCUAGACUAUCUAGACCAAGAAGCUAUGGCUUCAGAUGGGCUAGAAACAGAUCUGGGUCUUGGUCAGCAUUCUGCAUUGUCCCCCUUCUCCUCUAACUGUGACAGCAACAGUCCCAGUGACAAACCUCCAGAGUCGAUCGGUAUGGUCAAUGGAGAGACUUUACUACAGAUACCCACCAGUGACUCCCCUUCUCCUCCCCCUGGUUUAACCAAGCCCAGCCUCGUGGUGCCCAUCAGCAUGUCAGACCUCACAGCCCGUUCACCCUUCGAGGGAGCGGCAGCUGAGUCCCAGUCGCUCUUUUCAGACAACAGUAACUUCAGACAUCCUAACCCUCUCCCUGCUGGCCUGCCCCCCUUCCCCAGUUCCCCCCGCAGCAAUUCUGACUGGCCCAUGACCCCUGAACCACAGAGCCUCUUCACAUCAGACACAAUACCAGUGUCUUCUUCCACAGACUGGCAGGCGGCCUUCGGCUUCGGCUCGUCCAGCAAACAGCAGGACGACGAUCUGGGCUUCGAUCCUUUCGACGUCACUCGCAAGGCCCUGGCCGACCUGAUAGAGAAGGAGCUGUCAGUGCAGGAUCAGAGCCCCUUUUCCCCGGGGCUCCUCUCCCACGGCGGGAGCAACCACGGCCUCGGCCUGCCUCCUCUCAACCCGAACCCCAGCGCCUCUCACCACUUCCCCAGCGGCCUGCCACGCCUCCCCCAGCUCCACCACAGAGCCAUCUACAGCUCCUUCAGUUUCCCGGGCAGCCAGAACAGCCAGGCCAGUCAGCAGCUGCCAGCCGCCAGACACCCCUGGAUGGGCGUCCCGACGCGAAAUAACCUCACACACUUGAACCACUCAGCCAGUGCUGCCUCACACAGUAAUUUCCUGGACCUGAAUCUGCCCCUUCAGCACAACACAGGGCUGGGAGGGAUCCCCAUCUCAGAAAACAGUGGCUCUAUAGACGGAUUAAAUGUGAAAGAGUGGCAGGAUGGCCUAAGAGCUCUCCUGCCCAACAUCAAUAUCAAUUUCGGGGGCCUCCCAAACUCCUCUUCCUCGUCAUCCUCCUCAUCCUCCAACAGUGUUAACCACAUCGGUGGACCGAUAGGGCCAGCAGGCAUUUCACACAGCCUGAGCUGGGACGGCACAGCCAGUUGGAUGGACCCUGCUAUCAUCACAGGUAGAAAUUGCAUCCCGGCCUCAGCAGGCAACAGUUUAGACUGUCUCCAGGACGACAACCCUCCACACUGGCUCAAGUCCCUGCAGGCGCUCACAGAGAUGGACGGCCCGGCGAGCUCAGCGGUGCCCACUCCUCCCCAGCCCCUCCACAGCGGCCUCCUCGACGCCCACCUCCCCCUCCACCACAGAGCCGCCGGCGGCUGGGCUCCCUACAUGCCCCCCCCCACAGCCAACCCCGCAAGCCAGUUCCACUCCCCUCCCCCCGGCUUCCAGACCGCUUUCAGACCCCAGGGACAGCCCGCCACAGAGCUGCUACAGAGUGCCGCUGUGGACCGCCACUGAACACAGACUACAGCAGACACCCAUCCAUUCCCCCACUACCACUUUAUACCCACUCAUCCUGUACCCCCCCCCCCCCCCCCCCCCCUCCCCCAAUGCAAUACACACCAAUCUGCAGAGUAUGAAAAAUGAUUAACAAAGUAACAAACAUGCUUUCUUCUUUUUCUCUUCCUCCUUCCUUUUGGCCUAUUUGUUUUUUGUUUGUGGCACACAAGUUAUCGGUACCCCUUUACCUGCUACUACUAUCACCACUCAUUAGACCUAGUUCUGGGCGUAACAUGGGAUUCAUUGUGUAGCUCACUGUUAUCGGAGAGCACGAGAAACAGUACGGCAUCGAGUGCCCAGCGGUGACACGAGACGUAACUCCACAAACUGACGAAAGAAACAAAGUUAGCUGAAGGGGAGACCUUUUUUAAAAAGUAACUAAAUGAUUAAGCAUGAACAACAUUUGUGUUUUUGAGAGUUGAAGUCACGAUUAAGUUUUCGAGGAAUGAAGCAAGCUGUGAAUCUGCUCUAGAAGCUUUGCCCCAAAGACCCUCAUCCUCUCCACGUUAACAGGAGACUGAAGCGGUUCACCCUCACAGCCAAGUUGUGAAGACGGCGAGGUGAGAGACAGAGAGAAAGGAGGGGGGGGUUGGCACUUAGCUUUUCUUUUUUUUUGUGAGAGUGGUUUUAAAAAAGAAAAUGUUAAAAAAAAAAAGAAAGAAGCUGAGAUUUGGUUAUUAGAGAGUGAAUGCAGAUGGCACAGGGGAGUUGAGGGCACAGGCUAUGCACGGGCUCCCUGUUAGGUAGGGACACAGACGGCCCGCUCCAGAGGCCGCUUGGCCCACAUUCCCGUUAGAGGGGGGCUCCCACUGGCCCCGUCCUGCUGGAGGGGAAAAUUUUGCUGAACCUCUGUAUCAGAGGAUAGAGCACUGCCUAACCGCGGGGCGCCGGGGCUUUGGGAGAUCGUGGCACACAUCCUGAGCACUAGGGUUAGACUCUUACUCACAGUGCCACUGUGUGGUACCUACAGUAGCUAGCCCUAACAUGGACAGCCACAACGUAGAUGAGACAAUGAUGGAGGAGGAUAUGUCAAAAACAAAUACUAAAGAGGGUAGCAACAGGGUGAACAGGUCCCUUUGUUCAACCCACGAGGGCUUAAACGAGGCCUUAACAUGGACAGAUGAAAGGAGUGAUGGGAGGAGGAGUAUAGCGUCAACGAUUGCUGAAAAAAAUAUGCAAUAUUGUAUGACUUCAGCGACUGUAUGCGAGUGUAUGUCCCAAAGUAAGGUGCUGCAAGACCAUACCACGUACUGUAGUAGUGAUUUAAGGAGCUUUCAGCCUUUAGGAUUCGAGAUCGACCUCUCCGACCACCGCCUUUUUUUCUUUUUUUGAAGUCUUAAUUCUGAUCCAUAUUCGCUCUGUCUCUUUCUCUCCCUCUUACCCAACCCCGCCCCUCCUGCUGUUCCCUAUUUAACAGUAUUUCACAAAAAUGAACAAACUCAUCCAGGAGAAGCCAACACAGAGUCCUACAGUGGGUUUUAACAUGGUGUUGCGCGGGGGGGGGAAACGAAAACAAAAUCGAGGCGCUUAAAAGGAAGUGAACUGUCCUCUGCAGGUCUGGAAAAAUGAACCUUAAAUAAAACUGAAAACUCA